CAUAUUAUCAAUCAAUUAAUAACUAUUUCAUUUUAAUUAAAUUAUCACAAAAAAAAUUACAAUCAUGUCUCUUAAGUUGAUCGUAUUCGCGGCAUUCAUUGCCUGUUCACAAGCUGGUCUCAUUGGUGCCCCAGCAAUUGGCUAUGCUGCUGCUCCAGCUGCCUACUCAACAUCAAGUAUUACACGGUCACUUGCACCCAGAUUACUGGCUGCACCAGCAUUAGCCCCAGCACAAUUAGCAUAUGCCGCACCUGCCUUAGCUCCAGCUCCAUUAUUAGCCGCACGACCAGCUUUAGCUUACGCUCCACGACCAGCCUUGGCUUACGCUCCACAACCUGCCUUAGCAUUAGCACCACAACCUGCCUUACGGUUAGCUCCAGCUAUCGCUGCACCAGCAAUUGCUAAAGUAGCAGUACCAGAACCCUACGAUCCAAACCCACAAUAUACAUUCUCAUAUGGUGUAUCAGAUCCAACCACUGGAGACCAAAAGAGUCAAUCAGAAUCCCGUAGUGGAGACACCGUACAAGGUGAAUACAGUUUGAUUGAACCUGAUGGUACCAGACGUACCGUACAAUAUGCAGCUGACCCAAUUAAUGGUUUCAAUGCUGUUGUAUCACGUGAAGCCGCUGUCCAAAAAGCAAUUAUUGCACAACCAGCUAUUGCUAAAAUUGGUUUAGCUGCACCUACAUAUGGUUUGGCCGCCGCACCUUUAGCUGCUCCUUUGGGUUUGGCUAAAUCCAUUUAUGGUUAAAAACUUGAAUGUGUUUGAUUAUUAUAGACUGAAUUUAAUUAAUUUUACACUCAAGUGAAUUUAGCUGUGAAUAAACAAAAUGAAUGAGGCUUUAAUUUUUUUA